GUCCAGUGCUCUGCUCCAGGGCCUGGGGACCAGUCCAGCCGGCAGUGGGAGCAGUAGGGCAGAAGAAUUGACAGAGGCAGCUUCAUGAACUACUUAAGAGGUGGCAUCAGUGUCAGGUGAGAAGUCAUGGACACUCUCCCCAUCUGAGGUCGCAUGGAUGGCACAAUGUGGUGUCAGGGUUAAGAACACAGCUCUGGGGAGCUGAGCCCAGCUGAUCAACAUGAUCACAGACGUGCAGCUCACCAUCUUCGCCAACAUGCUGGGCAUGUCGUUCUUCCUGCUUGUCGUUCUCUAUCACCACGUGGCCGUCAACAAUCCCAAGAAGCAGGAAUGAAAGUGGCGCUUUCUCUGCCCCCAGGGUUCCAGGACAUAGUCUGAGGCAAGAUGGGAGGGUGUGAGGGGCCUUCACACUUCACUUCAUCCCUUCUACACAUCACAACAUACAGAGCAACUCCACCUGGAUUUUUCCAAACAACUUUUAUUUCCUGAAAGUCUUCCUUAACCCUAUGGAACAAGAAGCUGCCACUGAAUAGGACCCAGUAUAGGGGCUACUUUCUUUUCU